AUGGCCCGGCGUCGGCCCAGCUCCUGUGGCCAGCAGGUGGCGCCCGAGGGGCUCCCCGGCGGUGGCGAUCGCAGACGGAGAGACCCGCUGCUGCCGAGGCUGCUGCUGCCCGAGCUCCGAGCAGCGUCUGGCGCGGGGGCCUCCGGGGGCUCCAGGGCUUCGGAGGGCGGCUCCGAGUGGUGGGAGGCCCCGCAUGUGAGUCCUCGCCCCCGGUCGCGCCGUCCUGCCACCGUGGCUCUGCGGGCGGCGCGGAACCGGACAGGGCUGGGGUCGCUGCUGCUGCCGUCCAUGCUCUUGGCCGGCGAGCGCCGGGACCGGCGCCCCGGGCCUGGACAGUGCGAGGACCCCCGCAGGGGCUCGGCCAGGGAAAACCCCGACUCUUUGGGCGACCUCCUAGGAGAGUUCCUCCCCGGGCGGUCCCGGCAGUUCCUGCGCCAGCUCAGGGCUGAGUCUGCGGAGCAGCCACAACCACCGACGGAAGUCCUGGCGAUGGCAACCACCCCCCGAGGGCGGGUCUACCACUGCCCCUAUUCAUCCUCAGCAUCACAACAUCAAAGGGGUGUGUCAGAACACUCUGGAAGUCCUCCUCAGUGUCCCCGCUGCUCCUUCCUCCCAGGCCUGGGGCCCCAUGCUACACAGGCCCCCAAGCUCAAGGCCAUGCUCACCCACAACUCCUCAGGGCACCACAGGUGGUGUUGCCCUUUCCGCCUGCGGCUUGCGGAUGAGACGCUACGGGACACAGCACUCCGCUACUGGGAACGCAGCUGUGCAGUCCGGCAGGGCAUCCUCGAGAACAGGACAGCUAGCGGGUCGGCGGCAUCGGAGGAGGUGUUCGGGAGUGUCGGGAGAUGGCUGGAGAGUUUGCCCAAAGCCCUGUAUCCCAGGGCCAAGGAGGACACCAUGGCCAACUCAUUCGGCUGGGACUUCUCUGGCCUGCGAGCCAAAGGCCACCCCUCUGAGGACAACUCUAUGAACAGCAGCCUGCCGUUCAUUCCCAGGCCCACCACCCAGAGGCAGCAGGGGCACCUCAAAAGCUUUCUGGAGCAGGUGGGCAAAUCGUCCUGUUCCUGGAGCCAGAAGCUAUACUUCUAUUUCCUGGAGACCUGCGGGUCCCGAAGGAGGCCUGAUUCUACUGCACCUUUUCCUCGUGGCCUUACACAGCCCACCUGGCCCUCUCCGAGCCUCAGUUUCCCCCGCAGAGCCGCGGCGGACCCCAAACCGGCCACCGGCUGCAGCGCCGCGCCGCGCCCACGCGGGGGCAGUGUUGGCCUGGCUUUGGCGCCGCCCGGCGCGGCCGAAACUUCUCAGCCUCUUGCUAAAGGGUCGGAAACUUUUCCCCUCGCGCGGAGCUCGCGUCUCCGGCCCCGGCGCCGCGCCGCGCCGCCUCCUUCCACCUGCCCGAGUUCGCUGCCGGACCGCGGGGCGGGGAGGGGAGGCUCCCCAACCCCCAACUUCUCUUUUUCGCUUUUCGUUGUUCAACCAAAAAACUGCUACGCUUGCAACUGCGACGUCAGCCACGAGCACUGA